AUUUGGGGACUUUCAGAAGGCAGUUGACAGUCUUUUGGGUCAGUCACAGGCCUCUGAGUGAAGUGUACAUACUGUGUAUGUAAUACUGUAAAUAGUUUUGUAUUUUACUUGUACUCUACCAUUAAGUGUGUGUGUUGUGUGUGUUGUGUGGGGCCCAGCGGGCAGUCAAGCCCUUUCUGUCAGGCCCGUGAGACGCUCCAGGAGGCAGAGGACGAAGGCGAUGAUGAGGUGGAGGAAUCCCCAGUGGAUGCAGAGGAGGUGGAGGAGGAGGAGGAGGUUGAUGCAGGCUACACCUCUGACGGAGUCGGGGUUGGUACAGAAGCUGAAAUUCAGCUAGAGGUACUCAGCUGCACAUCAGCCCGUGCCCCAGAUCCUCUACAUCGACAAGGGCUGCUGCAAGGUACAGGGUCUGACGGCGGUGGAGACGCUGUUCCAACCUUGGGUGGACGAGGGCAUGGUGGUGAGGCUCGACAUCUUCCACUGGCUCCACCGUUUUAACGCCGCUCUGCGGACAGAGGCCCACUCCAAGUACGCGGCCUUCAAGUCUGCGCUGGGCGGGGCGGGGCGGGGCGGUGCUGGCCUACAACAGGGAGGACCUCCAGCUCCUCAUCACGGCUGUCUUAGCCAGAGACCCGGCGACCAUGGAGGUGGUGACUGACGAGGACGUGGUCCGCCGUUACAUCUCUCGGGACCAGCUGAAGCAUCAUGUCCGGCGUGUCACCCUCGGGGCCCAGGAGACGUUCCGUCUGGUCCACCUCCUCAUCGGCUCGAUGAGAGCGGCGUCAGCCUCUUCAAGUCCCCUGCUGCCAUCGAUGAGAUGUGGGCGGCCCAGCAGCGACACCUGGAAUGUAUCCAGGACCCCCCAGGCAUGGUCAUGUACCGCGUCGCCCACACCACCACUAUCAAUGGCGUGGACCUGCCCUAUUACAAGAGCCUGCGUGGGAGCAACAGCCUGGAGGGCUUUCACAAGUCGUUGCCCCACAUGAUUCCAGGUCCCCACUGUGCAGCGAGGCCUUACCAGGUCUAUUUGAUCAGCGGUAUCGCCCGGUGGAACUCCGACCGCAGCUCUGUCUUUGGGGGAGGAGGCCGGCACCACCGUGUCUACUCGGCGCCGCUGAUCCACCGCCUGAACGCCCGCUGCCAGCAGCUCUUUGGCGAGCCGGUGGAGCGAAACUUCAGGGCCCCGGCUGACAUGCCGUCUGAGGAGCUGCUCGGGCUUGAGUACCUCUUUGCUCAGAGCACAGGGGAGGCCUUCUCUCUGGAGGGCAUCAUCCACGACGGUCCUGGGCCCGAGGAGGUUGUUCAGCCUGGGGAGGCUGACCCAGACGUUGACGAGGCGUACGAGAGCGAGGGGGAGGACCAUCCUGAUGUGGAGCCCCGCAUCACGUUGACCAGCAGCGAAACUGCUUCGGUCAAUCCUCCUGCCUUUGUGAGUACAACACCUACUGAAAAGCUGGUAUCCCUCUGCCAAAGAUAAACACCAAGACCGUUAGGGAUUUCAUCCGGCAGCAGAAAAGGUUGGUGAACUUGCACGCCACCAGGCAGCCAGCAGACCGCCUCUGUGUCUUGUGCGCAGCUGCCUCCUGCUCCCCGCCAGCCUGGCAUGCUCCCUCCACCCGACUACCCAGUCAUGGAGUACGUGCCCACUCCAAGCAUGGCCGGCACAAAGGUCUUGAGGGGUCGGACCAACCUGCUGCUGGACACGCCGUGAUGAGGCGAUGAUGAGGUGGAGGA